AUGGUCUUGGUGGACCUGGUCGGAAGCGUCUCCGCCGUCGGCGACACGGAUGCAAUGGUGGCGGGCGACUCGGGCAGCAAGCACAACGGCGGCCGCAACGCCGUGUGUGCCGUCAACAGCAUGGUCUCGGAGGCUUCCGCGGCGACCGUGGCCGUGUUGGACGUGAGUGGCCGUGUUGGACGUGAUCGAGGGCGUCACCGCUGGCAUGGUCACGAACGCGACGGUGGGAUUCGGCUGGGGCGAGGCUGUCGCGCGACCGUGGCCGUUUUGGACGUGAUCGGGGGCGUCUCCGCUGGCAUGGUCACGAACGCGACGGUGGCAUUCGGCUCGGGCAGCGAGCGCAACGACAGCGGCAGUCCGCACGCAGGUUGCCGCCGAGCUACGAUGUCCGUGCAAGACGUUGAUGUAGAUGUGUACAAUGGCUGA